UUCAAGCAAUAUCAAUAGAGAUCAGUUCAUAAUUAUAGGCCUAGCGUUUAACUUUGUGUAAAAAGAAGUACACUGUAAACUUGACGAUAUUUUUAUAAACUAAAUGAAUUUAUAUAUUGAGGACAUGUAUAAGAAAUGUGCAUGAAGAUAUAUUUAUAAAUUGCUUUUAAUGGAUAUUAAUGGAACACAAUGAGGGACAAAAUUCAGGGUUAUUUGAAAAAAGUGGGACUCUACAACACAGUUUGAUCCUCAGGUUAUGAUAUUACAUAUGAAAUAUCAUGUCCUUUAUAAAUUAAAAGAAAAUGCAAGGCUCCAAAAACCAAUGCACCAACAGAAAGUAUCAACCGCGAUGAUUGCUAUCCAUCCACACAAACCUUAUGGGAGCAAUAAUACGCACAAGUACCCAGAUGCGGAUCUGAUGUUCAGGUAGGAGUUUGAGGAUUACAGCAGCAGAUAUCACCGCGGUACAACCGUCGACUCUCCUUAUACAACAGUACUGAUAUGAUCAGAUAUUGUGCGGAUUAGCACCUGACGAUAAAGAAAACCAUGGAUUAACAGCUAUACAUUGUAUAUUGCUGCAUCACGUGAUUACUUAUUAAACGUUUGACGUUACUGAUCUUGUACGAUGUUGAAAAAGAGCCGCCAUUCGGUGUUUGGAUAAACAGACAAAUAUAUGGAUGUUUUGGAUAUUUCGGGAAAUACUAAGUCUUUUGAUUUCAUACUUUCGGACGUAACGCAUUUUCGGAUAUCCUUAUAAAGCACUUCUUGCAUACAGUACAGAAGAUCUUCAAAACUAAUCAGCUGUCACGUGAUGGGUUCCACGGAUGAGGAGCUUCACCCGAUGUUCCAGGACAUGCUCCGACGGACGGACGGUUGGCGGCCGGGUGAGAACGUCUCCAGCCUUGACUACGACUUUAUGACGCGACAUCCGGCUAUGUCCGUUGUCUUUCUCGCCUUGACUACCCUGGCAGCGUUCGUAGGCAAUAUCGGCAACUUCCUCGUGAUUGGAGCCAUACUGAGUUAUCGUCCUUUACUAAGGAACAAGGGGAACAUGUUCGUCAUCAAUCUUGCAGUGGCCGACAUCUGCAUCACCACGAUCGUCAGUCCCAUGAACAUGGUUGGUGUGACACGAGGUCCGCGGUUCUUUCUAGACAAGGUCGUGCUGUGCCACCUGCUGGGGAGCAUAUGCACCGUCAGCUGUCUCGUCUCAAUGCUCUCCAUUGCCGCCGUCGCCGUCAACAGGUUGAUUCAGAUCUGUAAGCCGUUCGUCUACCACCGUAUCUACACCCACAAAAAGACUCUGAUCUAUUGCCUCGCCCUCUGGGGCUGGGCCAUUCUACUGGACGUUCCAAACUGGGUCGGGUGGGGCGGCCACACAUUCGCAUUAAAAGAGAUGGGCUGCACAUUUGACCGAGUGGCAAACUACGGUUACACCAUGUUUCUAGCCCACAUGUCCAUAUUUAUACCGAUGGCAGUGGUUUUGGGAUGUUAUAUUGCAAUAAUUGUCUUCGUUCGACGCAGCCGAAACGAAAUUCGCAAAUUCGGAGAGGAUAGCUCUAUACGACGAACUUCUGCAGAUGGCUCUGUCCGCAAAGUGUCUUUUAAAAAGGAUGACUUACAGUUCGCGUUUAUUUUAUUUGUCUCGUUUCUGGUGUUUGUGUUAUGCUGGAGUCUAUAUAUGGUGGCAUUAAUAUUUGAUUUCAAAGACCGGUGGCCUAAAGAGAUCUACGUAGCAGGAACAAUGCUGGGUCAUACCAACAGCUGCCUAAACCCAAUUAUUUACGCUCUAGGGUACGCGAGGUUCAGAAAAGGUUAUACUAUUUUUAUCCGUAAACUGUUUUGCUUGAAAACGCAGCGAAACUCAGCAUAUUUAAAAGACUCAAAAUACAGUCUUCGCUACACCAGCAAGUUUUCAAAAAGUCCGUCCAGUGCGCUACUGAAAACGAAGGCAUUGCAAUUGAACGAUAGUCCCAUUUCUUCCUCGGUGACUACACCUUUGACCGCAAGAUGCCGCCUUGAAAACAGGAUGCAGUGACUAAACUAGCCCGUGGUGGCUUCAUCUAGAGAUCAUUUAAUAUUAAACCUGUCAAAGCAUGGGGUUAAAGUGAAGCAAAGUUGCCGCAAACGAUAGCGAUGAUUUUAUGAAUGACAAACCUUCAAGUUUGUCGGCGAGCAUUAGAGAUGUUUAAGUGUCUUAACUUACUAAGGGUUAUACCUCGGGUUCUUGAUACUGUCUGUAAUGAAUUUGUAUAAAGCUCUUCCUAAAAAACAGAGCAUGGAAUUCCACCCCAAUUGUACCAUGAACGUGAAAACGGAAGUAAAGAGAAUGUUGACCGAUUGAUCGUUUCUGUUAUUUAGUUCGUGCAAUGAAUGUUCUCGAGAAUGAAAACUUAAACAAAAUGGGUUCAAGUAUAUAACUGAAAAAAAGAAAGAUUUUUUUAUGUAUGAGACCCCGCAGCACCUGAAGUUGAUGUGAUGUCCUAAACGGCUUUGUGUAAAUUAUUCUAACUGGCUAUGCAUUCUGAACAGAGAAACACAAAAAAACUAAUUUAAAUUUAAAAACAACAACACCAACAUUAGGCUAAAUUGCCUUAUGAUUUACUAUGGCUAUUAUGACAUUCUUCUUUAUUGUCAUAUACACUCAACUCGCAUGGUGAAAGGAAAAUCUCUGACCUCCAUACUCAUGUAAUAUUCCUCACAUGCUACUAACCGUAACAAUGAUGAAGGUGUUUUAUAUAAGAUACUCCUUGAUCAAUCUCUAGAAAUAAAAAGUUAUUUAUUUUUCAAUCAAAAGAAAUGACGUUUUUGUUUUAACCAAUUGAAAAUGUCAUGAUCAUUAAUAUAUCAAGAAAAGUAAACGGUUGGGAAGAAGAGGUAUUUUCCUAUCACAGUGCAUAACUUAAAUUAAAUAUAAUUGCUUAUUUAGAAUUAUAGGACGGUAUAAGGCGAGUUGCAGUUGACUUUUUGCAAAGUGUAUAUUUAAGAUGCAACCAUGUUGAUGUUGUUUUGCUUAUGUAACUCGUUAAUCAAUUUAAGCAGGCGAGUAAAAAAAACACAAAAAAAAAACGAAAGCCUGUUUAUUUUUCUUUUGCCAAAGUGACUAUGCCCUUUGAUAUAUGUACACAUA